GGGCUAGCUGCGCCUGGAAUAAGGGUUUGAGGCUGCUCGAGCCGCUGCCGGGGGAACCCCGCUUUGCCCCGCCCCGCCCGCCGCCGCCAUGUCCGAGCGCGAGGAGCGGCGCUUCGUGGAGCUGCCGCGCGAGUCCGUGCGCCUGAUGGCGGAGAGCGCGGGGCUGGAGCUGACGGACGAGGUGGCCGCGCUGCUGGCCGAGGGGUGUUACCGCCUGCGGGAGGCCGCCCAGAACAGCUCCCAGUUCAUGAAACACACCAAACGCCGGAAACUGACGGUGGAGGAUUUCAACCGGGCCCUUCGGUGGAGCAACGUGGAGGUGGUGUGUGGCUAUGGCUCCCAGGACCCCCUUCCCUUCCGUGCUAUAAAGGAAGGGGAGCUCUACUUCCAGGAGGACCGUGAGAUCAAUCUGGUGGAGCUGGCCCUGGCCACCAACCUCCCCAAGGGCUGUGCAGAGACAGCAGUGAGAGUGCACGUCUCUUAUCUGGAUGGGAAAGGAAAUCUGGAACCACAGGGAGCUGUGCCCAGUGCUGUCUCCACUCUCUCAGAUGACCUGCUGAAGUACUACCAGCAUGUGACCCGAGCUGUACUUGGGGAUGACCCGCAGCUAAUGAAGGUUGCCCUCCAGGACCUGCAGACCAACUCGAAGAUCGCAGCCCUGCUGCCCUACUUUGUCUACGUGGUCAGUGGGGUGAGUGGAGCAGGAGGCCCUUGGACAUGUGACCCAUGUAAAUCAGUCAGCCAUGACCUGGAGCAGCUGAACCGCCUGCUGCACAUCGCCAAGAGGCCUCAUCCAGAUCCCUACCUGUGCCUGGGCUCCUAUGUCAAGAGCCUGAUCGCCAGCGUCAUGUACUGUGUGCUGGAGCCACUUGCCGCGUCCAUCAACCCCCUCAAUGAACACUGGACGCUCCGGGACUACGCUGCAAUGCUCCUGAGCCACAUCUUCUGGACGCAUGGCGACCUUGUCAGUGGCCUCUACCACCAGAUCUUGCUGUCCCUCCAGAAGGGGCUGGCUGAUCCGGUGCGCCCGCUUUGUUCUCAUUAUGGGGCUGUGGUGGGGCUGCAUGCCCUGGGGUGGAAGGCUGUGGAGCGAGUCCUCUACCCCCAUCUCUCCACCUACUGGGCGAACCUGCAGGCUGUGCUUGACGACUACUCUGUCUCCAAUGCUCAGGUGAAGGCCGAUGGGCACAAGUGUACUGGUGCCAUUCUGCAUCUCUUUCUUUGCCAGGUCGGCAGUAGAGCGGCCUGCUGAUAGAUGAAGGCGCAGUCAGUGUCAGCCCAGGGGGACAGGCCAUGUAGGGAUAGGUGCCGGCGGGAGAGCUCUCCCUGGCUCAGCCCCCUGCAAGAUCCCCAAGUGGAGUUCAGCUUUGGCAUCGCCAGCCACCUGCUGCAGCUUGGCAGUGGGGGCCCCCAGCUGGGUACUGGCAUCUCUGCUGACCUUCCCACUGUCCUCCUGCAUGAGACCUACCGGGAGCUCUAUGACUUCUUUGGAGACAGCCUAGCCACCCGCUUUGGCACGGGCUCGGGGCUGCACUCAGCCGAGCCGACACCUCCGGGCCCCAAGGUCUUGGACACGAAGAAGAAAGAGCAGCCAGCCUUUGGCACAGGGGACGUGGUGCGCAAGAUGCCCCAGCUGACAGCCAACGCCACAGUGAGCCCCGGGAGGAGGAGGAGCCCCCGGGCAGACUACCCACCAGGCAGGCCGGCCCUGCAUCGCUCAGCCAGUGUGCCCCGUUCUCGUAGCGCAUCACGCCAGCAGGGCCUCCGGCCCGGGGUUCCGUAUGUUUUCCAGCCGUGCCGCUUCUCCCCCCAGGGGCCACCCCACUUCAGCUUUGUGAUUGCUGGGCGGCAGGUGGGCCGGCGGUGCCAGGGCCUGUUUCAGACCUGCUUCCCCCAGCACCAUGGCCCUAGCCACAUUUCCCGCUAUGCCCAAGAGCUGCCAUUGAUCGGCAGGACCAGCAAGCCUGUGAAGAAGUGGGCCACUCAAGAGUACUCCCUCUACCUGCCUCUCUGAGGAGUGACCUCUCCCCUCCAGGACUUCCGCUCAUGGCCAAAUCCAGUGUGGGCCCUUCAUUCCUCCCCUGUACUACUGAGCAUCCCUUGUUGGAUGAAGUCAGGGGUCUCCACUCAAGCCAAACCCCUCAGGAGAGGAGUUUCUCUUCCAGGGGGGAGGGGGCCUACCCAGCACCCUCUGGAUUUUGCAGGGGGUGCUGAUGGAACCAUUCUGCACUCAGCAGUGCCUCCCACGUGCCCAGACUGUGGGUCAGGCUGAGCCUGCUACCUCUGCACCGAUGAACUGCGUACUCCUCCAAGGGCCAUCCAGGGGUUUUCUGCUGUGUGAUGGCUGAGGCUUUGCUGUCUAGGUGAUGGGGGCGUAUGUGUGGAAGAGGGGAAGUGAUUGCAGGGCUUAGAGCCUCUGUGUGAUCUAGGUACAGCACACAGCAGCAGACUCCAUAGUCUGUCUAAAGCAUCUUAGCUCCCUGGCCCCAAGCCAUAUCCUCCCCUGAGGGAUGAGUGCCCCUACCCUUGUGUACUCAGCACUCCCCUUGGAGUUGGGGUUUCCUGACCGUGUGCAGCAUUUCUCCAACUCCCUAACCCUUGUACUGACACCUGGUUGUUUAAUAAAGACAUCGCUGCUGUUGGGGACAGAGGAUUUGCUUGCUGACCUCUCCCUUGUUGCGUGGGGUGGGGUAGCUAUAGCACCUCCUGUCUUGCCCCUGUUCGAGGCUGCCCUUUAGAAGCCCCUCUGGGAUGUGGGCCAGUGCUUACUGCAGGCAGCUCAGGGAAAACUAACAACUAGGGCGUUCUGGCCCUCAGAGCUGAGGGACCUGCUCCUGUCUUCCUAACCCACCACCAUAAACUAGGGGCCCUACCCCCCCACCCAUCCCUGUGCCUGCCAUGUCUGUCUCCUCUCAAACACUGAAUCAAAGCCUGGCAAGAGGAGCUGAGCCUGUCUAUAAGUGGGGGCCUGCAACGUUUUCUGAGGGUGGCUUUAAACAGCAGGACUGACUGCUCUUUGAGCAUGUGAAAGAUCCCAGGGCUAUUGUAACUAUUUUUGCGGGUGAAAGAGGGUUCAACCAUGUAUCACCCCAUCUCAGUUGCAUUUCAGCAGCACUAUAUGGCCACACUUUGGGAACGAUGCAGAGUUGCACAGGCUCAGGCUGUGGCCUCUUCAACGCUCACUGUACCAUGUCAAGGAUGUGAUUGUGUCUUUCUGUGAUGCUUCACAGGCAUGGCUCCCAGCAGUGAGUGCAAAUCCCUCCUGAGAGUGGGAGAUGGGACCAGAGCAAAAAUAAACCCUCUCUGUUAUCUUCCA